AUGACAACGGCACCAUGCAUUCAACUCUCCUCCAUGCCGCAGUUGGCCGAGGCGACAAGUGGACAAGACGACUGGACAGGGACCACAAAUGCCGCAGCAAGAAGAAAAGCACAGACUAGACUCAACACAAGAGCAUACCGCAAACGUAAAGCCUUAGCAAAUAAACCCGAAGCAGUCAAUGCCGCAGCCAAAUCACUCAUCAAAUCAGAAGCCGUGGUAGAAUGUUGGGAUAUCAAACAGGAAUCCUUCUCUACAGUCCCAGCAUCCCGUGUCAAAAAUCUAUAUAACGCAAGAAAUCCCCUUCUCCCAGAGAGAUCCAAGAGGAACCAACUCCACAUCAUCUUCCCCCUCUGCCCAGACCACCUCAUCACACUCCUCCAAUACAACGCCGUACGCGCCAUGGCCGCCAACCGCACCCUAAUCUCAGACAUCCUCACCACACCCCUAGACUGCGCAGAAGAAAUCUUCCACGUCGUUCCCUACCCUAACAACCCUGGACUUCUCCCCUCAACACUCCUACCCACUAUCACUCAACAGACAGUGCUUCACAGUGACUGGAUCGAUAUGUUUCCUUGUCCGCAGGCGCGAGAUAGUUUGAUCCAGGCCGCUGGCACUUUUGAUGAGGACGACCUGUGGGCAGACUGCGUCGGGGGACUUUAUGAGGGCUUUCCUGAUGAUGAAAUGGAACGACGUGGUAUGAUUGCGUGGUCGCCGACUUGGGAUAUAUCGGGAUGGGAGAUGUCGGAAGGGUUUAUGAGGAAAUGGGGGUGGUUGUUCAAGGGAUUGCCGGGGCCGUUAGAGGCGACAAAUCGGUGGCGGAUAGAAAGAGGUGAGGAACCAUUUGCUCAAGACAACUAUCAGUCGAGCUUUGUUACUUGA